AUGUCUCAAGUGCAAAGUUCCGGAUUGGCCGACCUCGAAAAAGAGCUAGUAUGCUCCAUUUGUACCGAGCUCCUUUACCAACCCCUCACUCUCCUUGACUGCCUCCACACUUUCUGUGGCUCAUGUGUGAAAGAAUGGUUCUCCGCGCAAGGGUCGCGUCGCCCCCGUGCCUCCCCUCGAUUCACCUGCCCAUCCUGUCGUGCUGAAGUGCGUGACACCCGCCCAAAUGCCACCGUGACGACCCUGCUGGACAUGGUCUUGACCGCCCACCCAGAUCGAGCCAGAGCGACAGACGAAAAGGUAGAAAUUGCUACUAGAUACACACAUGGCGAGUCCGUAUUUCCAGCACCUCCUUCGGGCGGGGAAAGUGCGGAGGAUGAUGGCGAAGAUGACAGACGCCUUCUAGAGGAUGUGCGCGAACUCAGUAUACGUGAAAGCCGGUCGCAAGCUAGGCGUGAGACCCGAAGGAUGGGACAAUCCUCGCGGACGCGUGAGAGAAGCAGCCAUACCGAGAGGCCUGCGGAUGACGGUCGGUCAAGGCGUCGGAGGGAUGAUGAUACAACGCGGCAACAACGCUCACUACGGCCCGAUGAUCCGGAGCGCUCGCGACGGAUUGAACAUCAAUCUAGUCUGCGGUCAUUAUUGAGUUUGUCAUCUGAUGCGGAGACUAUGGAGGAAGAGAUCUUGCGACAAAUUCUCGAGGAUGGAUUACUAGACAACAUCAACCUCGAUAAUCUGGGGCCAAGGCAAGAAGAGGAACUCAGUGAACGCAUCGCGGAUGCUUACCGCCGGAGGCAUAUGCAAAGAUCGCAGUCUCGCCAACGACAAGAACAAGGACGAGAACCGCGACAAGAGGCUGACGGAUCUGCGCGAACACAUGCGAGGUCCGAGCCUGCUCAUAGGACUACGGAACCAACAGCGGCUACCCGAGAACUCAAUGUUAGACGACCGCCAGUUUCUAGACCGCAUCUGUUCGAUUCGGCCCCCACACGACCGAGCAUAGGCCAUCAAAGACGCAACUCGGAGCAAGUGGGUGGACGCCGAAGGACCUCGCCCGUCCGAACGAAUCCGGGGUCUGCGUCAGAUGAAGCCAUAAGACCUGCUAUCCGAUCCUCAAGUGAUAUGACUGCGGAUCGCCGCGUUUCACAGGCGGGGCGCUUACGAUCAGAAUCCUCAUCCGCCAGGCCGCGACGUGCCACAGAGUCAGAACAAAAUCUCUCUAGUACGUUAGUGGCCGGAGGACGAGAAAGAAGCUCCUCUAGACAGACCAGAAGUCAAUCAGCCACCAACUCUCCCACUUCUGGCGGUGUCACCUCACCUGCAUCCCGCCAUCAAAACCAAACAGACCACACCCUUCCGUCAUUAUCCUCACCUCUGGUUCCAAUUCGGUCCGAGAGACGAACAAGGCCAUCUUCAUCAAGAUCAAAUGUUCCUGCAUCUCCCACUGUGCAGUUUCCAGAGCCCUCUAUCUCCUGUGACCGUUGCGGAAAGGAAAAUAUCCAAUAUCAUCUACACAAGAGAUGCCUUAGUUGCAAGGAAGGGAACUUCCACCUGUGUCUACAAUGCUACCGCUUGGGACGUGGCUGUCUUCGAUGGAUCGGAUUUGGCGCAUCCGCAAAUACGACAUUUCAAAGAAUCAUAUCGUCGUCUAGUCGACGCCCUGUACAAGUCAAUGACUCAGGCCAUAUCCUAUUGUGGUUCAAAUAUCAGAAGCCCCCCGAGACUGCCCAUCAAUCUAUGAGCGGAGAAAGACAAAUGACAAGCGACAACCCAGUACGUCGCCUACAAAGCGGCCUCUUCUGUGACACAUGUCAAUCAUCGGCAAACGAUUGUUUUUGGAAAUGCAACCAGUGCAAUGAGGGAGACUGGGGCUUCUGUAACUCCUGCGUCAACCAAGGACGAUGCUGCACCCACACCCUUUUACCCAUCCGACGGAUUACCCAUAGCCCACCUCCAUCAGCAGCGUCCACCACACCGCCGCCAGGUGAAUCAAAUACCCCCCUACGACCCUCUGAAAUUGAGAGUUUCAAGAUUCUCUCGUUCUCAACAAACUGCGAUAUCUGCACAUAUCCAAUCCCAGCCUCAAAUACCCGUUACCACUGCCUAGAAUGUAAUGGCGGUGACUACGACGUCUGUACAAACUGUUACCUCAAACUUGUGGCAACGGGCAAAAUCAAUAAAGAGAAUGGACACAACGGCUGGCGCCGCUGCCUCGCCGGCCACCGUAUGAUAGUAGUCGGUUUCGAAGACCACGAAGAAGGUCAGCGCCGCGUCAUUGUCCGUGACCUUGUGGGUGGCCGCGCCUUGAGAGACGAGCACGUGGCACAAUCACAAUCACAAACUUCCUCCCCAGCAGCUGGUGGCCCCGUUGCAUCCCCGGAGUUCGGAACCGGUGACUGGAGCUGGAGGGACGGCCCUGAGCGCCGUAAAAAAGCAUCCCGUCUGCGCGCCGGACCUGCCCUUACAAAUGAUACCAGCAGAAUUUCUGUCUCUGCUUCUGACCUUCCAAAUCCACCGAAUUCCAGUGCGGCCGCGACGCCGAUUCAGAAUGUUCCGCCCUUCCGCCGUUUCCCGCCUGACGGUGGUGUCGGACUCGUCGUCCAUGCUCUGUGGUCUUGGUACCCAGAAGAAGAAGUCUCGGACGAGCUUGUUUUCCCGCGCGGUGCACAUAUCACCGAGGCGGAGAAUAUCAACGACGAUUGGUUCUGGGGAUGUUAUGCUGGUCGUACGGGACUAUUUCCUGGUUCACAUGUUGAAUUCGUCAGGGAGGUCCUUAGGUAA